UGUAAUUUGUUUAUACGUUUGUAGACAUUGAGGUUGGCAGAUUUUGUGGUAAAAGAACCAAUGGUGAUUGGCCAUGAGUGUGCUGGGAUCAUAGAGGAGGUUGGAGGUGAAGUAAAGAAUUUAGUUCCUGGAGACCGUGUGGCAUUGGAACCCGGGAUCAGUUGCUGGCGAUGUGAUCUUUGCAAGGAAGGUCGAUACAAUCUAUGCCCUGAAAUGAAGUUUUUUGCCACACCACCAGUUCAUGGUUCUCUUGCCAAUCAGGUGGUGCAUCCUGCAGAUUUAUGUUUCAAACUACCUGACAAUGUGAGCUUGGAAGAAGGGGCUAUGUGUGAGCCCUUAAGUGUAGGGGUUCAUGCUUGUCGCCGAGCUAAUAUUGGUCCAGAAACAAAUGUGUUGGUCAUGGGAGCAGGACCUAUAGGGCUUGUUACGAUGCUGGCAGCUCGUGUUUUUGGGGCACCUAGAAUUGUCAUUGUAGAUGUGGAUGACAAUCGACUAUCUGCUGCUAAGGAUCUUGGUGCAGAUGGAGUUGUUAAAGUUUCAACAAAAAUGCAGGAUGUACCUGAAGAAGUUGAAAGAAUAUGUAAAGUGAUGGGAGCAGGAGUGGAUGUAAGCUUUGAUUGUGCAGGCUUCAACAAAACGAUGUCAACUGCUCUGAGGGCCACUCGUGCUGGUGGCAAGGUUUGCCUUGUGGGAAUGGGCCAUUCUGAGAUGAAUGUGCCACUCACUCCAGCUGCUGCAAGGGAAGUUGAUGUUGUUGGAAUUUUCCGGUAUAAGAACACUUGGCCUUUGUGCCUUGAGUUUCUAAGGAGCGGUAAGAUUGAUGUGAAGACCCUCAUAACCCACAGGUAUGGGUUUUCCCAGAAAGAGGUGGAAGAAGCUUUUGAGACCAGCGCACGUGGCGGCAAUGCCAUUAAGGUCAUGUUUAAUCUGUGA